AUGUACCAGAAAUCAAUCCCUCUAGUACUGUUGCUAGUACAGAAUGUUCUCGGUCUGCCGGCAGGCAAUGAGCACUCCGAUGUUACCGAUAACGGCGUGGAUGGAGUCUCCGAGAAUACCAAUAACGGCGCCUAUGGGGCCUCGUAUGGAUCUACAAAUGCCGACAUUGGUGGCAAUAUCGCUCCCUCGGCCCAAAAUGCGAUCAAUCCCCAAAACGCAGUUGGGAAUGGUCCUUCUCCGAAUCCCCCGGUCAAUCCACCAGGUCCAGCCUAUGGGAGUGUCAUCAAUCCUGUGGGCUCUCAAGAGGUCAUAACUUCAACAAUUAUAGUAACUUGGACCACGGAUAGACCUAUUAAGCCAACAAUGGCCUCAAAUGACAUUCCGAUUGACCGAGGGCAUUUCAUCGAGGCAAAGGCGGAUCAGAGAGGCCCAGUCCAGGCUCCUGAUACUCUUAAUGGCCCAGCCGCCCCAUCAGCCAGUGUUAGUGAUGCCGCAUACUCGUCCACGCCAGGCAGUGUCACUGGGGGCGCCGCUUCCUCAAGCCACGUUGUUGAUACUUCGUCCCAGUCUACCGCUCCUGUCAUCCCUGCGGGCAAUAGCAAUGGUGCUUCAAUUACACCAGGCUCUGCCUCGCCCCCAGACGCAACUCCUUCAUCGAACGCCGGAGACGAGUCUCCUGACACCACGACAGACGAUGACACGAUCCCUCCUAUAACAAGGGCACCACGCCUACCAACGUUCUCGGAGGCCCCACCUCAAUUCUCCACCAUGAGAAUUGAGUCUAUGGCCAACCAAAACGGCCUUCUAAGAACCGCGCUAAACGGGAUUCAAACCAUCCUUCCGGUGAUUGACGGACUGGGAUUGCUCGGAAUUGAGAGUGAGGGUACAUAUUUGAACCUGCCUGGCUUGCUUGACGCAAUCGACAUUCCCUGUCUAUUCCGCUGCAAUACACCCCCUGCACCUGCAAGCCCUCAGCCCGGAGCUGUUCCUCAAGCCCCCGCAGCCGCUCCACCAGUAGCAGCCCCUGCAGUCGCCGGUGCCCCAGCCGUUGCUGCUCCUGUCGCUGGCGGUGCUGUUGGCGCUAUUGGCGCUGGUGCUCCAGCCGCUGCUGGUAUGACUGCUGGAGGCACUGAAGCUGUUGGUGGAGCAGUCGGUGCUGGUACCCCCGCUGUUGCUGGAGCUGUUGCUGGAGGUGCUCAAGCUGCGGGUGGCGCAGUCGGUGCUGGUGUCCCCGCGGCUGCUGGUGCGGCUGCUGGUGUGGCUGCUGGAGGAGCUGGAAUUAUUAGCGGAAUAUUCGGCGCUGGUGCUGGAGCCGGUGCUGGAGCGCUUGCUGGAGGUGCUGAAGCUGUUGGUGGAACAGUAGGUGCUGGUGCUCCAGCCGCUGCUAAUGCGGUUGGUGGUGGUUCUCAGGGGAUUGCUGAUGCAGUGGGUAAUGCCCCAGUCGAAGCUCCGCAAGCUCCAGCGGUACAAGCACCUGUGGCUCAAGCGCCUGAAGUUGGCGGUGGCUCAGCGAAUAACCCUCUCUUAGGCUCACCCGGUAGAAGUCUUGCUAAAGGGAUACAACAUGGCAUUGAAAAUGGCCUUGAUCAAUCAGGAGGAAUGACCGAGUCAAAUAAUCUGCCGGCCCAAUCUCUAGACGGGCAUGCCAAUGACGCGAUGAACAAUGUGGGUCCGCAGCCAGGGUCAGACUCUAUCCAGAAUGCCCCGGUCAAUGGAAUGGACAGCGGUAAUGCGAACGAUCUGAUUUACCCCGUGGCCGCUUCCAGUUCACCUCCGCCAGAGCCUAUUCAAAGUGGAUUAACAAAUGGCAAUGGAAACAACAUGUACCAACCUGCGGCUCCUAUGCCGGUUAACUCUGCCCAGGCAAUUCCUGUCCAGGAUGGGCUACAGCGAGGUAUUAAUGACAAUAUGGCUCCGGCUGGAGGCUUACCACAACCGAACCAAGGCCUGACCGGCUCCGGUCAACAUGGCCUAUACAAUGGGUACGGCAACAACAUCGCUCCCCCAGCUGGCUCUAUAGUACCAAACUAUAUCCAAGCGGGUCCGCCCCAGAAUGCCGCGUAUAUGGGCAUGGACAACAAUAUGAAUAACGGUAAUAUCCAGCCAGCAAACAACAUGGGCCAAGCUAUGCCUCCCGCAGGCGCAACGAUGAAUUCCUUCCUCAAUGGCGCACAGGGCCCCCCGGCGGCGGGGCAGAUGAUUCAACCCAAUGCGGUGCAGGGAGGGCCUAUGGUCGUACCUGGGCAAGUGAACUACCCAUCUAGUGGCCCGUUGGUGAACGCUGGACCAGUUCCCAUAUACGGCGGGGCCAGCAGUAGGCCUCUAUUCCCAGUAUCAACGAUGAUUACGCCUGGGCCCUCGCUCAUCCCCAUGGGUACUCCUACGCCCACUCCUACCGCAGCAUCGUCUAAUGUGCCGCCACCAGUUACGACGACACAGCCCAAUGGGGAGGUCGUGUCCUGCGCCUCAGGAAAGUCCCCCGACGGCGACAAAGCAACAGCCGAGUGCGCAGGAGAAACCAAGGUAAUCUCCACCGUGGAAUCCAUCGCCUCUUCCUAUUCCGCCGCGCAAUCUGCUUCUACAUCUCGGAUGGCAGAAUUUGUGUCGUACAUGGGUGCUGUGCAUGCAUCGGCUGCCGCAUCGAAGUCUGCUUCCGAGGCCGCCGAGGCCUCCUGGACUUCCGCUGCGGCGAAGCCAUCUGCCUCCUGUGAUAUAUUGAACGACAAUGGAUAUAACACGGUUGUAUUUAGGAUUGCUGGUAUCAACGGAUGGACUGAUGGGCAGUCGUUCUCUGACACCCUGAGGAAUAAAUGUCACAAAAACGGAUUCUUCGUGAAUUUCAGAAUCAAUGAUUACCUCUGGUACAAGCAUGAAAAGUCACAAUUCGAAGGCAGAGAGCGAAACACUGAGAAGGUUACGUUCGCAAUGACCGGCUUCAAGAACGGCUGUGUUGAGGAUGCUAUUCGGGAGGCCGGUGGACCUAGCCAUACUUGCGAUCAUAAAGAGGGGGAUAAGUUGCCGCCGAAGAAUCUGCAAGAGGCAAAGGACGCCGGAGAGAACGUUGAUGAUAUUCUCAUGAUACCUUUGAAAACGUAG